AUGGAGUGUGUUGUAGGAAUGAGGAAUAAAAAAUGGGCUCUGGUCCACAACGCCCGACGUGCGGUACUCCGACGACAGACUCUGGACGGACAACACGGCUGUUCCUACACUUCAUUCUGGUCAGUGGCGCCCAGCGAGCUGGUCCUCUCAUGCACUGCUGCUGUAGCCGUCAGUGAUGACUCAACCGCCGAGCCAGACACUCCACUGCUGCUGGAGACACUGCUGCCGCUCCUGCUCCUGCUGCUGUCCGGUCGUACAACACGACUGUGUAUGAGGGCCCAAUUGGCCGCCUGGAAACUGCGUGCAGAGGGCCACCAGUCUUCGUCGUCACACGGCGGUUUUGGAAACCGUCCGUCUUCGGUGUAGUGAUGCUCUACAUCUACCCUGUAGAUCCGAAUUUGUUUGAAAAACGGCGACAAAUUCGGUUCUAGAGAGGUUUGUGUGGUGCAUAUUCCUUACGACCAGAAUUUUUAUCGUCUAUUCGUGGUGGCCCCGACGGCAGUUUAGUUGUUAUAUACAGUAUACACCUAUAUAUUAUAUUUUGUACUAUACAUUUGUAUAUUUUAUUAUAUUUACACAUUAAACAUAUUUAUUUACAAACAUUGAUCAUCAAAACAUUAACCAAAUUAAUUUGUGUACUUUUUUUUAGUUUUAUAUUUUUUGUGACUGAAGUGUACAAACAAUAAAUUCUUAUAGAUAUGUACACAUAAUUCAACGUUACAAUUAAAACAUUUUAAAACAUUUGUAUUAAAAAAUUGUUCGACGGUUACAAUAGAAAACCAUCUUAAUGAUAAAUUUGUAAACAUUACUUACCUAUAAGAAAAUUAUGCUUUAAAUUGUAUUAUCACAUAAUUAUAUGUUUGAAUGUUUUUUAUAUAAAACCAUGUACCUAUUUAAUCAUAAAGUUUUAUAAAGUGAAACUUGAAUUUAUAUUAAAUAUCCUACUAUUCCAAUAUUUGCCCAUAUUUUACAUUAACAAAAUUAAAUCUAAUACCAUAUGUUACUUUUAUUUUUGGGUGCAUUUUAGUAAGUGAGCAGUGAUUAAAUACAUACUUGCCACUUGAUGAAAAAUAUCCUAAAAUGUAAGUUAAUAUUAUUGUACAUGAUCUUAUACGUGGGUAUAAUAAAUAUUCUAUAAAAGUAACAUAUUAUAUUUUUUAAAUAUAAUUUUUUUGAAUGAGAUAAAUUUCAUUACCUAAUCAAAAGGUUUUGUAAAUUGAUUGUUGUAUUAAUAAAAUUAGAUUUAAUACCAUAUACUAUGUUACUUUUAUUUUUGGUUGCUUUAUAUCAGGUCAGUACAUACAUUUAACUUGAUGAAAAAUAUCCUAAAACAAAAGCUCUCGUUUUAUGUGCAGUGAUGAAUAUUUGUUAUUACGUAUAAGAAACAUAAUAUUAUAUUCAAAAAUAUAAUUUUUUGAAUAUGAUAAAUAUUGUGUUUAAUCAUAAGAAGAAUUUGUAAAACAAUAUUUGAAUUUAUGUUUAUCCUAUUCAAUAUUUACCCAUUUAUAAUUCAACUCUUAAUUACCUCCUUUUUCAAAAACUCACAGUUGGAAUAUGAACUAUUAAACUAGAAAAACAUGUAUAGAAGGCAUACAUGAAAAAUUGCAUUCAAAGUGUACGAAUUAUAUGCGGUGUGAUAUUA